UUGGGGGUUUUGACCUUUGAGGACAUCGUAGAAAAGGUUGCUGGCUGGAAGUUAUGUAGUUGAUCGACACUUACAGGACAUAUCUGCAGAAUGGAUGAGAAUGAUGAUCACAUAGCUGUAGUGGGAAUAGGCUGCCAUUUUCCUGGAGGUGAAGGAAUAGAUAAUUUCUGGAAAGUUAUUGUGGAGGGAAGAAACUGCACAGUAGAGAUCCCACCUGAAAGAUUUGAUACAAAGAAGUGGUAUGAUCCAGAUUAUAACAAGCCAGGAAAAAUAUGCACCACCAGGGCAGCCCUUAUAAAAGGUCUUAAUGAAUUUGACAACAAAGUGUUUGGAAUCUCCAAUCCUGAGAAUGAAAACCUGGAUCCACAGCAAAAACUCCUUCUGGAAUGUACAUACCGGGCACUGGAGGAUGCAGGAUAUUCAACCGAAAGCAUCAGUGGAUCCAAAACUGGAGUCUUCAUAGGUCUCAUGAACAGAGAUUGGGAAUCAAUAUUUACCAAUUAUCAAGAUGGCAUCAAUCAUUUUAAUGGAACUGGAACAUCAUCAAGUAUAGCAGCCAACAGGAUAUCGUACUGCUUCAAUCUGACUGGACCGUCCCUGGCGAUAGACACGGCCUGCUCUUCAUCCCUAGUGGCUCUGCAUUAUGCCUGCCAGGCCAUUAAACAAGGAGACUGUGAGAUGGCUGUUUGUGGAGGCGUGAGCUGUAUCUUGGAGCCUCGGAUAUUUGUUGCCCUCACUAAGGCAAAAAUGAUCUGUCCAGAUGGAAUUAGCAAACCAUUUUCACAAAAAGCAAAUGGAUAUGGGAGAGGGGAAGGAUGUGGCAUUGUUUUACUGAAAAAGUUGAAAAAGGCAAAAGAAGAUUAUAGCAAAAUAUGGGGAGUAAUAUGUGCCAGUGCGAUAAACCAGGAUGGAAGAUCUGUGACACCGAUCACCAAACCAUCACAAAAACAGCAGGAAGAGUUACUGAAGAGCAUCUACACAACUAUUGACCCAUCUACUGUUCAGUAUUUAGAAGCACAUGGCACUGGAACACCUGUUGGGGAUCCAGUGGAAGUCACUAGCAUAGGAAACAUAAUUGGCAAAAGACGUAAAAGUGGAUCCCCGCCUUUAAAGAUUGGCUCAGUUAAAGGAAACAUUGGUCACACAGAGUCUGCAGCCGGCAUUGCUGGUUUAAUUAAAGUUCUCCUAAUGAUGCACCAUGAAGUGAUUCCACCAUCAUUACAUUAUUCUAAAGAGCUAGGUAUUAAACAGCUGGAAAAAUACAAUUUAUCAGUUCCGAUAAAUUCAGAAAAAUGGGAGAAUAAUGGGAACUUUGGUAGAACUGCUGGUAUAAACAGUUUUGGUUUUGGAGGAACUAAUGCUCAUGUUGUGGUGAGGCAACAUAUACAGACGAGCUCUCAAUAUUUAUCAAAGAGACCCAUAGACAUUUUUCUUUUGUCAGCAGCCUCGCAUAAAUCUUUAAAACUCACCAUUAAAAACACCAUAGAGGAAAUAAGUAAAGUGGAAUCUUUUUCUCUGGGAAACUUGGUCUACACGUCUGCCUGCAGAAGAAGUCACAUCAAAAACAAAUACAGGAAAGCAUUUCUGGUCUCUUCAUUAAAUGACUUACAACAAAAACUUGCAUCAGCAAAGACUGAAACAUCCCCAACGCAAGGGAGCCCUCAAAUAGUGUUUGUAUUCUGUGGGAAUGGAGUCCUUUAUAAAGGGAUGUGUAGGAUGUUACUGAGAUCAGAACCUGUGUUCCGAGAAAAAUGCAUUGAGAUAGAUGAGUUACUCCAGGCAUAUACACCUCUUUCCAUGACACAGUUACUAGAGAACGAGGCUGAUGAUUUCUCAAAACCUGACAUAGCACAGCCUUUACUCUUCACCAUCCAGGUUUCUUUAGUGGCCCUUUUGGCUUACUGGGGAGUCAAACCAGACUGUGUUGUUGGACAUUCAGUUGGGGAAGUUGCCGCUGCAUGUUGUUCAGGGCAUCUUUCACUCAAGGAUGCUGUAAAAGUGAUUUAUUACAGAAGUGCACUGCAAUCUAAAGUCACUGGAGGCAAAAUGCUGGUGGUAGGCAAUAUACCUGUGGCUGAAAUAGCAAAAGAUGUUGAGCCCUAUGCAGGAAGAAUAAAUAUUGCAGCUUAUAACAGCCCUACCUCAUGUACAGUCUCCGGCGAUGCAGAGUCAAUGGAGAAACUUCUUUACAAACUAACUCAGACUUACAGUAAAAGGAACAUAUUUUUGUAUGAAUUAGAUGUUCCUACUGCAUAUCACAGCUACAUGAUGGAUCCCAUACUACAGGAGGUAAAAGAUAAACUGCAAAAUCUAAACACACCAAAGCCAGGAGUUGAUCUUAUCUCCACGGUAACCGGAGGGAAAGCAACUGAUGGGGAUUUUACAACUGGACAGUACUGGGCCAGAAAUAUUCGGGAACCAGUUGUCUUUGAACAGGCCUUAAGAGCUUCUGUUCAAGGUAAAAGUAAGCCGCUCUUCAUUGAAAUUGGACCUAGAGGAGCUUUAAAAAGAAACAUUCUUGAAAUUUUAGGAGAAGAAACUAUGAUUUUACCUGCCCUUCAUCCAGAAAAAGACAAUGAGACAAUCUUUACCAUCCUGGUGAAGCUUUUCACAGAAGGAUACAAUCCUGACUGGAGUAAUGUUUACAAAACAUAUAAAUCUUUACCGGCUCCUCUUCCUUGUUAUCAGUUUGAUCGCAUUAAACAAAAUAUGAAUUUUGAAAAAAUUCGCCAAGGAAACCAAGCUGUAGCUGCCUCCACUCACCCACUUCUCCACAAGGUGAAUGAAAACCUCACAGAAUUCACAUGUUCCAUUUCUACAGCAGCCACGCCAUUUGUAUACGAGCACAAGAACAACGGAACCGUUCUAGUUCCUGGAACAUUCUACGUAGAGCUUGGUUUGGCAGCUACAAUUUCCACGUUAAAACCUAAAGUGCCUUUGAAUUCCCUCAGCAUGAACAUAAAUUUCUCAACACCUUGUGUGGUUAACCAGGAAUCUCUAAACCUGAAAAUUAAACUGGAGCAAGAAGACAAAGACACUAAUUUUGAAAUCUUCUCCUCACAUGUUUAUGCAUCGGGGCAAAUAAAAAAAAUCAGGGAGGAUUCUAAUGAGAAAAGAAUCUCUCUGGAACACAUCUUGAAACGAUGCAAUUCAAUCUAUGACCAAAAAACCAUUUAUGAAGUCAUAUCGAAGUUUGGAUUUCACUAUGGGACAAUGUUUAAACAGCUAUCUGAUCUCCAUUAUGGGGAAGAAUUGAAGGAAGUAAUUGCUACGGUCAAUGUAAGCGGAGAGAUUCAAGAAACAAUGUAUGAGUAUUAUAUUCAUCCAGUUAUUUUAGACUGCUUUUUUCAAACAGGUGUAAUCGCCAGAGGUGACCUAAAAGAAUCAGGAGUGCUGUUUCCAUCUCAGAUUGGAACACUGACGGUAUUCAGACCCUUUCAAAAACAAAUGUUUAUUUAUGUAAAAACAGUCCAAGUAACAGAAAGCUAUUAUAUCAUCUGUGGAUGUUUUACAGACAAAAAUGGCUAUGUUUUAACAGAAAUAAGGAAUGCUAAAAUGGCGUUUGUCAGGCAAACUUUGAGUGAGGUUGAUAACAUAUUCUUCCAUAAUAAAUGGGUACCUUUCUCUGGGCUUGAAAAGAAAUCAAUACAGACACCAAGCGUCCUCCUGUUUGCUGACAUUGCUGGGAUAGGGCUACAGCUAUCAAAAUACAUACACAGUGGGCUGACAUAUGUCAUGUUUAAUAACUGGCAACUGGACCAUGCACAAUUAAAAGAACUUAAUUGGGGAGACAAGGAGAUUGUGUUCAUGUGGGGUGUCCAUAGAAGAGGCGAAGACUUUCCAAAUAAUCUCACACAAUACUUCGCAAAGUGCUGUGAGAUAUAUCGCCAGGUGAUCAUUGCAGCGAGGAAACAAAAUUCUGCGGCUUCUAUAAGAACAGUCACCUUCAGAACAGUUGAAACCACAGUGGAUCACAUUAAUCCUGGAUUUGCUCUGAUUGGCAUGACUAGAAGUUGUGCAGCUGAAAUGCCUGAUAUUACAUUUCAACUGAUUGACAUUGGUUCUUCAAAAACAGAAGACGUAGAAGCAUUGGCACAAGUCAUUCAGAGUUAUGAACCAAAGGAACACCCAGAAGUCUGGAUAAAAGAGGGGCAAAUAUACACCAGUGAAAUUGCAAGAACCAAAAUAGAUAUUGAACAACAAAGGCAGCAUGAAGUGCCACUAAAAAUGUCUGACAAUUUCGCAUUGUGCAUUGACAAUCCAUACAGAAUUACCACUCUUUCUGCUGAAUUGGAAAAUUCCAAGCCUACAAAGCUUCUGGACAAGAAUGUUGAGAUCCAGAUUGACCGAAUCUGCUUCCAUACAGAAGAUUUCUUUCCUGUGAGUGUUUCGAGCUGGCAGUUUGGAGACACACUGUACUGGAACGCAUUGUCUGUGGAAAAACAUAAACUCCUUGCUUUGGAUUUCACUGGCACGGUGACUGCAGUUGGGAAACAGACUGGGAAACUAAAAGUAGGUGAUCAAGUUGCUGUCUGUUAUCCGACCACCGCAUCAUCCAGAGUGAGUCUUCCUGAAGAUGUUUGCUAUUCAAUUAAUGACAUCCCAGUCUUAAGAUAUCUGCCAUGUAUUUCCCAAUUUAUUUUAGCUUGGGAAAUUUUGUGUAAUCAGUUGCAACAACCCAAAAAUAAUCUGACUCUGAUAAUUAAAUCUUCAGAAACACACUCAAUUUUGAGCAAAAUUCUUGCUAAUGCAGCGAAGAAUAGAGGUUGGGAAGCAACAGUCUCUAGAGACAUUGGCAUUAAUGCCAAGCAAAGCAGUGCCAUGAUUAUCCUACCUUUAUCUGGAAACAUUUCAGAAGAAGACCUUAUUCAGCUACCCUUGCUUAAGGAUGUAUUCGUGAUAUCAGACCAGAAAAAUUCUGAAGGUCUUCAGAUACCAGUUCAGCACGGCAGAGAGGAUGUUCACAUUCAUUUACUUAAUCCAGUUGCCAUCUUUCAGAAAGCAUAUAUUAAAAGAAAUGCCAAAAGCCUAUGCAAAGUCUUAGAGUCUGUUGAUGCAAAUAUAUUUCAAGAUGUGCUGAACACAAACUUUAGUGGUGACACAUUGUGCAGUUAUUUCACAACACAAACACUGCCAAUUAUUGAACUCAACAAAAGCAUUAGCACUAAUAUUCCAUUAUUUAUCAAGGAAACCUCUCUUUUCAAACGUAACGCUGUUUACAUAGUCACGGGAGGUUUGACUGGUCUUGGACUGGAAACAGUAAAGUUUAUUGCGCGGCAUGGGGGUGGUCAUAUUGUCAUUCUGUCCAGAAGAAUCCCCACCGUUGAAAUGCAACAGGAACUAGAAACGAUAAAGAAUCAACAGAUCAAUACCCAAAUAACAUCAGUUUGUUGUAAUGUAACCAAUUACUCAGAUGUGGAAAAGGCCAUGGAUUCUAUUCAGCAAAGUUUUCCAGAUAUUCCAGUGAAAGGCAUUUUUCACAGUGCUGUAGUUUUACAUGAUGGAAUUCUAGAAAGUCUGAACCAAUCUCUGUUUGAGAAAGUGUUAGGUCCAAAGGUUGAUGGGGCUCUAAAUCUUCACUACGCAACAAUUCAUAAACAAUUGGAUUAUUUUGUGUGUUAUUCAUCUGUUUCUUCAUUUACUGGAAACGCAGGACAGGCAAAUUAUGCUGCUGCCAACUCAUUCCUAGAUGUGUUUUGUCAAUAUAGAAGGAACAUGGGUCUUUGCGGUCAAUCCAUCAACUGGGGUGCCCUCAAUCUUGGAGUUUUACUCAACCAGGACAAAAUACAUGAUAUACUGCAAGCAAGAGGUAUACUACUUUUCAACACACAGGAGAUACAUGAAUAUCUUGAGAAAUGCCUGCAAUUAAACAAUUCUCAGCAGGCCAUUGUGAAGUUUGAUUUUAAAGUUUUGUAUGAUAAAAUGCUGUCUCGUAUUCCAGCCCUGAGGAAGCGACUUUACAAGGUGGUAUCUGAGGAAAUCAAAAGUCUGAAAGGAAGAAUCCAAGAUAAAGUAUCUCCUAAAUAUGCCAACAUAAAAUCAGAAGAUUAUGUUAAAUUAAUAAUUAGUGAACUGGCUGGUGUCUCUGUAAGUGAUAUCACAAUGACCUGUCUCCUAAAUUCUUUAGGAAUUGACUCAAUGUUGGCCAUGACUUUACAAAAUAGCAUUUUUCAUGAAAAAAAUGUGAAUAUACCCAUGAUAAAAUUGCUUGAUCCCAGCACAACUGUCUCAACAGUUGUAUCAUUUUUGAAUGAUGAUAUCAAUGAGUAAUAAGUUACAUAACUUGCAUAACAUAAUUCCGUAUGGAUAAAUUGUCAACAUAAAUUGAAGAAGUAUAAUAUUUACAUAAAUGUUUUAAGAGAAACAGUAAAAAAUUUUGGACUCCAUUUCAGGUUCAUAUCUCCCACUUUUUUUGGAAUCUCACAAAAAAAUCCCCCAGGGAUUCAAAAUGUUAAACUAUUAUAACAACAAUGUCAUGUUUGAAAAAGUACACACCAUAUUUUUAGUAUAAAAAUGAUUGAUGUAAUAAUGAUAAAUAUAACCUAGCCUGUAA